CACAAGCCAAUUUUUCGGGUUAGCAUUCGUCAGAUUACACAUGUGCGACAAGUGCGAUUGUAUCCACUAAAGCGAAAGUGAGGCGAACCGUGACGUCACAUUUCGGGGCGCAACAUGCCGUCAAGAUUUCGUACAUAUGCAAGAAAUCACCAAAACUUCCGGUAUGUGACAACACUCGUCUGCUAACGAACAUCUUCCUGAUGCGAAACCGGUUACGAUGUUAUGAAAGCUCGUCACAUACGUUUAGCGUUUGUCAUCGAAGAAACUCAGCACAACUGAGGGAAUACCGCAAUGAAUCCACCGACCAGUGUGCAAGAAGGUUUGAAAAAUGCCAUUAAAAGUGGUCGAACUGAUGUGGUUCGAUCGGUCUUGGCCACGUUGGAAGCCACAGAUGCCGACGAUAGGGUUGCUGAUCCCAGUGCUUCUUUAGACAGCGUACUGAAUGGCUUAUGCUGCGAAGAAGGUACACCCUUACAUCUGGCUACAAAGCUGGAUCAGCCAGACACAGUGAGGACUCUGCUGUCAGCAGGUGCAGAUGCAGGUGUUCAGAACUCGUCAGGACAGACGCCAUUUGAGUUGGUGAACUCUGAACAGGUGAAAGACGUCUUCAACCAGGAGUUGCUUCAGGCCACAGCACAGUCAAACAUUGGUCGUGUGUGUCAGUUGCUGGCGGCUGGUGUGGAUGUCAACCUGGUAGACAGUCAUGAGAGUAAGAACACACCUCUACACUGGGCUGCCACCUACGGAAGCUGGCAGAUGGUCCAGUCUCUCUGCUCUCGUGGAGCCUCAGUGUUAUCUGUGAAUGGAUCAGGCUGUACUCCGCUUCAUGAUGCUGUCAGGAGAGGAGACCCUCAGGUGAUAGAGGAACUUUUAGUCAGCCAGGCAGACCCACAUGUCACCAUUACAGAGGGAAAUGACAAAGGUAAGAAUGCCUUUGACUUGGCUGCGGGUAGGCCAGAGUUAUUAAACUUGCUGAACCACCCCCCAGAGAGACUGAUAUCAGACCAGGUCGACCCACUGCCAGAGAAAACAGACAAAGUCCACAGCAUUUCAAGUCUGACUUCCACAGCUACUGACACAGCUAAAGGAGAUCACAUUCCAAAUGGACCAGUGCCACAUCACCACAGUCCGCAGCUGACAUCGCCGACAUUUGAGAAAGCCUCGGCCUUCAGCCACUUAACUGACCCCCCUAAGCCGGUGAUCACUGAUGAGACCCUAGGGCUGCUGUGGCCCCAGCCUCAGAUGAUCCUACAGAAGGAGGGAAGGCCGUUUUGUCCUGAGAAGAAACUUCCUGUCUACAUAGCGGAUGGACCACACAGAAACCUACAUGAAGUUCUGAGCAGAUGGCAGAUGAGGCAGCCAAUGUUUAAGGACUUGGGUAUAGAACUUUGUCUUGAUAUUCUUUCUCCCACAUCAGACUACAGCUCCCCUCACAUCAUCUGUCAUCUCAACCCCCGACUGUGUACAGGCCCAGGCAGCUACAGACUCAACAUCACACAUAAACAGUUGAAGUUGAUCUGUGAUGACCUCUCAGGUCUGAACUAUGCCAUCAGCACACUAAUACAGCUGUUCAGACUCUACAAGGACAAUGAUGGGAAGAUACCACUUCUCCAGAUUGAUGACUGGGCCGAGUUCCGAAUGCGUGGUGUACUUGUGGACAUCUCACAAGGCAGGGUCCCUAAUAUGACAUUAUUGAGGAAUACCAUUGAUGUGUUGUCAUUGAUGAGAGUAAGUCAUAUUCACCUAUAUUCAAGAUUCAAAGACACAGGAACACCUGAGUGGCAACUCUGUUAUUCCAGGAGUGAGAUAUUAGAGUUGGAGCAGUUCUGUAGAUUACGCAGCAUCCAGCUGAUCCCAGUGCUAGAGGUCACCCACAAAACUCAUGUGGAGGAUGUCAACAACUUGUAUACAGUAUUCCAGGAUUUUGUCUCCUCCUUCACUCAGGCAGACUUCGUCAGUGUGGGCCCUCGUCUCAGCAGCUUCAUCCUGGACACUCCUGAUGAUGAGACCCUGAACGUCAGCGAUGCUCUUAAGUUUCUGCCAAUAGGGCGUCACCAAACCAUGAUGCUGUGUGGCUACCCUCUCCAUGACCUUGACCCCAUCUUGCUGCAGCAGUUGCCCCCUGACCUCAUCUUUAUGCAGUAUGGAGUACAGGCUGACCACAGCUUCAAAACUUACUGUAGUCCAUUAGCAGAAACAGGGUUAAGUUUCUGUGUGUGUCCAGGAACUUCAGCUUGGAACAGCUUGGCUGGGUGUCCAGAGGCAGCAGUCAGUAAUGUGUUCAAUGGGGUGCGAUCCGCCGUGGAUCAGGGAGCCAUAGGAGUCAUUGUGUGUGAUUGGUCAGGGAAAGGUCACCUGACUCACCAGCCCUUCAGCUGGCCUGCAUAUCUGAUUGGAGCAGGACUAUCCUGGAACUCUGACACACACUGGGACUAUCUCCACUCUCAUCUAGCAGACCUGUUGAACCAACAUGUGUUCAGAGAUCAGAAGUCUGUGAUUGGAAGAGCUAUCAUUGAAUUAGGUCGUGCUGAGACAUAUGUACUUCGAUGCAGUCGGAGUCAGUCUGGCACUGAUAUCUCCAGGCUCCCAGAUGAACAAGGAUCUACAUUAUUCCAGUUUUUAGUCCAACCGGAUGAGGUACCCCUGGAAAAUCUCACUUUGGAUAUUCUACAGAAGUCUAUUCGGCAUAUCAAGAGGUGUCAAGUGGAGCUGUCCAAUGCAGAGCUUUACUGUUAUAACCACAAAGAGAUAGUGACAGAGCUGCAGCUGACCUCAGAUCUCAUGCUGUGUGCAGUGAGAAUUGGCCGAGCCCUGGUGAUGGUUGGUCGUAAUCCGGGUAACCAGACAGGCUUUGCUGUGAUAAAUCUGGGUAUAGCUAAUCUCCCUGCCACGUCCAAGACAGAUCUGGCCAACAAGUUACUUGAGCUGCUGGGUACGUACAAAAGUGUGUGGAGGGCGAGUUACAUGCCACAGGGUCUGAAUGAGUCAGUACACACUUUACAGAGCCUCCUCAAACAACUUGUGCCUGAGGAGGAUGGAGCCAUCUAUGACGACGUCCAAAAGGAACCCUAAUAUCCAUAGGCAGUACUGGAUGACAAGAAGCAACCCUAAUAUCUGUAGGCAGUACUGGACGAACAGAAGGAACCCUAAUAUUUGUAGGCAGUACUGGACGAACAGAAAGAACCCUAAUAUUUGUAGGAAGUGCUGGGAUUUCCAGUGGGGCCAUAUAUGACCACGUUCAGAAGGAAAUCUAAUGUUUGUAGGAAGUGCUGGACUUUCCGUUAGGACCAUCUAUGAAGGCAUACAGAACAUACAAUGACAGAAAUAAAAGACAGGCUGAUGGGUAGCUUCAGUCCUGUGGUAUGAAACAAUAACUUCUAACAUUGAUGAAAAAGUUUUGUCUCAAAGCACGAUAACCACUUUAAGAUGGUCAUGUUGAUUUUAAUUUUUGUUGUUAUUACCAUAGUUUCCUUUUGAAUCGGGCUCUGGUAGUAAUAGCCUGAAGACUGAACACGCUCCCUCUGUGUGUAACAUGGAGUACAAUAUUGUAUUGGCACAUCUAUGAGGCGCAUUGAAGUGGAUUUGUCAUGCAUGUACAGCUAAGUAUAUGUGUAUUGUGAAGUUGCAAGAACAUGCACAUUUAUUUAUAUGUGUACCUUUUAAGUGCUUAAUCAUUACACUGGAAGACUUUGCACAAUGCACUAGCAAGGUACAUGCAUAUACUCGUGGGAAAUUCUAAGAAGUAUGUUACAUGUUUAGUGAUUAAUGUGCAGUUAUGCAUGGUGCAGAUUUUUUAAUAUGGUGUCUGUAAUCGCAAAAUUAUUUGUUAUUUCAUAUCAGCAUUAUUUUUAAUCAGACAAAAAUAAGAAUUUUCUAUGCAUUGUUUAGAAAUUUGCUAGCCUUGUAACCUAUAUGAACACAGAUAAUUACAUGUACACAAAGAUUUAUAGGCAUGUACGUAGGGCAAGUGUGUACUUGCGUAAUUGUUGUAGAAUUUGAUCUUUUGUUUUCCUCUGUGCUGUGGGCAGUCUUGGUCAGAAAUGUUGAGAAUUGCGACCUUUAAUCGUUACAUCAGUUUAACCUGAUUUAAUAGUUUUCAAGGUGAAGACGGUAGUGCAUAGUGACUUAAUAAAGACCGUGCUAGAGUGAGGCUGAAAUAUUGUAAAUAGAGGGAGAUUGCAUACACAUACUCACCAGAUUGUAAAUAUAUUACACAAAGGGGACAUUAUAAAACUAGCUUUUAUAUAUUUAUAAGGGAAAUCAUUAUUGAAUGGAAUUCAAGAUGCACUGUUGUAAUGUUGCUGAAACUCCAAAGAUUGUUAUGCAGUGAUCUGUCAAGAUCAGUUUGUAAAAGACUUCUGUGCUGAGCUUCUUUUGAGUGGGUGCUAUCUAUUUUGACUUUUCUCUUUAUGCCUAAGCGUAUAAACAUAAGGUUUGAGGUUUUAAUUUUUUUCUGCAUUUUUUGGAAUCAGUAUCAAAUUGCACUAAGGUUUUAAAAUAUAUUUUUAUCAUGGUUUUAUACUCUGAAAAUGGUCAGCAGGUUUGAUUGUUUUUCCAUUUCCAUAAGCUUCAAAAAGUAGAGUAUUGCGUUAACUCCAACAGAAAUUCUUGAAAAUGCUUUAAAUAAAAGUGAAAUAUUGAAUCAUGCAGUGCCUGAUAUCUUUUAUUGGAGGUACCACGAUACACUAGGAUUGCAUGUAAGUGGUGUCCUAGUGUGGAAGCAGUGGCUCCAGCUAAAUGGUCCUAAUAUGAGGAGCAGUUCAUGUGGCAAGAGAAAUAUUACGUGUCAUUAAGAACGGCUAAGUUAUAUAAGGCCGCUCUUAUUGGUAUUACCUGUAUGGUCAUAUCUGUGAAUAUUAUGCAUCAAACAUAAGGUUGAUACUGGUACACUAUACAUUUUUUUGCCACAUUUGUUAGCCUUACUCUAUCACUACCCCAUCUCCCCCACCCUCUACCAAACAGAACACAAAACUGUCUAUUGUUUUCAGUUGGCUAUACUGUGCAAAAUUUGGGUCUUUGUUGAUUUUACAUGUUCAGCUUACUGAUUUCAUUAUUCUGGUUUCAUUAUUCUGGUUUCAUUAUAGGUAGUAGGGUCACAAGACUAAACAUUAGAUUUAGUGUUUAUCCUGAGAUGUAAUGUGGGGUAUUUAGUUGGUGAAUGUUAUUUGUACAUGUGGUGAGAGACUAAAAUGAUCAUCACAAGAUAGAAGAAAGGACAUUCCUGUUUGAAAUGGCCAUUUCUAAUACUUAAUUUGCCUCAUUUAUAGUUACUUAAUACAUGUACCUGUUUGUGUCCGUUUGUUGUUUAUUUUAUGAGGUGCUGAGUUACAUUUUAAGCCAACUUUCUGUGGUGAAGUGUACUGUUGGGAAAGGUUUCCAGGCAGCAGCAGUGUUCCACUGUUUUGGCCCAAGUAUUAUGAAGCUUGCUUCAGCUGCAGCAGUAUUCUAAUGUUGUUGCCCAAGGGCGAUGAAGGUAGUUUUAGCAGAAGUAUUAUUCCACUUUUGUGGUGCAAAGGAUUAUGAAGCUGGUAUCAUCAGCAGCAUUACUUCACUGUACUGGCCCAAGGAUCAUGAUCCUGUGAACUGUCAGGACUAUCAAGUUUUUAGACAAUUUCCCUUGCUUUCUGGGCAUUAUCACACGUAUCGUAUAGAAUAAACGUGGUGAAAACUA